CACUGCCACGUACGUUGGGCAAACCAAACCAAGUGGGACACUAACUCCGACUCUGCGACUUUGAUAGUUGUUUAAUUACUCAUGUGAUGUGAUUCAGAUGUCUAGGGGCUUCAACAGAAAGUUCGCCUGACGGUUCCAACAGGGGAGGCAGGAGCAGACAUUUUAGGAGAGCAGAGCGCUCUCACCACCACCAGUAUAUGGGGAACCCCUACACUAUCUGUCCAUCUCCUAAGACAAAGCGUGGAAUGUGUUCUAUAAUGGUCGCCCCAAUCGUACAUGUGUUGGUGCUAAUGGCCGUCAUGGCCGCCCUGCCUGGCCCUGGAAUGUGUCAGAUAAACAGCACCACAGACGAGGGGGAGAAGGACUCCCUACCCCCAGACCAGGGCCUGGUCCUCCACAACACCCACAUCACCCCCCAACCCCUGGGCUUCCACAGCACCAGCAGCCCCUUCCUGGAGCAUGGGAGCCCCAUCUCCACCAGGGGCCACAAGGGGCCCCAAUGGCCCAGGGUCGGAGCUGGGUCUGGGGCCACAAACAUCACCAGGAUAAGGGCCCCUCCACCAUGCACCAUCGCCACUUCCAUUCAAGGCCAUUUCAAAUACAUCAACACAGUGAUUUCUAUCAUGGUGUUUGUGGUGGGCAUAGUGGGCAAUGCCACCCUAUUGAGAAUUAUCUACCAGAAUAAGUGCAUGAGGAACGGGCCCAAUGCCCUCAUCGCCAGCCUGGCGCUGGGAGACCUCAUCUACAUCACCAUAGAUAUACCCAUCAACGUCUACAAGGUAAGAGACGCAUAUCCAUCCUGUACACUGGACAUCACAGUGAAUUUUGCAUGGAUAAAUUGAAGCAUAAUUCCAUCUCAGAGAGAAGGAGAGAGC